CGCAUUUCGUAGUAGAAGAAGAAAAGGGCGGAAGUGGUCGUCGUUCCUUUGCGGCUGAACGCGAACGCUUCUCUCCGUCAACAUCUCGUUGGAACGAGUAGCAACAUGAACAACUGCAGCGAUGUCGACUCGUAUGAAAUCGAGGAGCCGAGCGACGAGGAGAGAGCAGCAAGCAGUUCGGAGGACGAGCUGGACGUGCUGCUGAGCGGCACCCCGGAGCAGAAGAAGAAGCUGAUCCGAGAGUACCUGACGGGCGAGAGCGAGUCGUCCAGCGACGAUGACUUUGAGAAGGAGAUGGAGGCCGAGCUCAGCUCCACCCUCAGGACCAUGGAGAACACCUGGGCGCCCGCUCGCACAGCGGAAGGUUCCGGAAGCGGAGUUGACAGCUCAACGCGUUCCGAGCCUCAGACGUACGACAAGAUCUACUUUGACUCCGACGAAGACGAAGACGACAAGCCCAGCGGUUCCGCCGGGCGGCGCGUCCUGACCAAUGACGAGCUGCUGUACGACCCCGACGCCGACGAGCGGGACCAGGCCUGGGUCGACGCCAGGCGGCGCGGGUAUCACAGGAAGCGCCCGACGACGCUUGCUCACUCGCGGCGCUUGCAACCCAAGAGUCUUCCCAGUAGCGACGCUGUCCUCAACUGUCCCGCGUGCAUGACCACGCUUUGUCUUGACUGUCAGCGACACGAGAAGUACCGCACGCAGUACCGCGCCAUGUUCGUCAUGAACUGCAGCGUGAACAAGGAGCAAGUUCUGCGCUACAAGAAGCAAGCGGACAGGACGUCGCGCAACAGGAAACGCAGGAAAGAUGACGCGGCGGCGCCCGUCGGGAUGGAUGAGGACGAGGUUUACUAUCCGGUGCGGUGCUCCGAGUGCUCCACAGAGGUGGCCGUGCUGGACAAGGACGACGUCUACCACUUCUUCAACAUUCUGUCCAGCCACUGCUGAGUUAGAGAGCAUCUCGGGAGGACUGUUGCUUCCGGACUGUUCCGCAGCAGCUUGAAAGCUUCUGUUACCCCCCCCACACACACAUCUUUUUGCGCAUGUUUUUUUUUCAUCAUCCGUCAUCGUUGUGUGUAUCAAAAAUUGUGGGGUGAGGUGACACUUUUUUUUUUCUUUUACUAAAAAGAAACUUUUAGUCAAGAGAUUGUAUUUUGUUACAUAUUUAAUGGAAAGGUUUGAAGUUCAUUGAGUCACAGAUCCAUGUGACUGAUUCUGACAUUCUCACAAUAUGAAAAGUUCAAACGUAUUUGCUGCUUACUCACUGCUCAUACAAAACACAAAACAAAAACUGUCUCCCAGAUAUGAUAUAAAAUUGUUGGGGUCGUUUAUUAGUCACCAAUAAAAACAUAUACUUUUCUCGUGUUUUGCAGCCGAGUAUGCAUAGGAAUCACUGGCACCGUUAUUGUUGAAAUAUAUCUUUUGUCGCUGUUUCUCACGAGA